UUUUUAUCCAUUGUUUGUACUUUUUAAACAUAAAUUCAAACCCACUGUCGACGACGUCCUUUUUUACCCAAAUAUAAUUAAUCGUCAUACAUGGAGGCAAUGAUAACAAUCAAACAUGUCGAUCAAGGGGAUAAGUCUGGAGGAUGAGCUGAAGAAGAAGACAGGGAUCACUCCUCAGGACAUACAGAAGCUGAGGGACUGGCUCGGCACGCAGCCGCACCUGCCAGGCGAUUACAUCACAGACAUGGAUUUGGCGCUGAUCUACCAUUGCUGCGACCGCAGCGCCGAAGUGUCAAAGCAAGUUCUCGACCUGCACUACACGCUGCGAACACUCUUUACCAGCUUCUUCAAAGACAGAGUCAUGGAUGACAAGAUUGAAAAGAACCUGCAAUAUGUAUUGCUGCAACCGCUUCAGACUCGCUCGAGGGAGGACGAUGCUGUAUUGUAUUGCAGAUUGUUGGACUAUGAACCUAAAAACUUUGAUUUUGCAAAAUCUCUUAGGUUAGUGCUGAUGAUCCUAGACCUGUGGCAGUUCGAGGAGGGCACGUGGCCAGGCUUCGUGCUAAUCUUUGACCUGGACGGGCUCAAGCUGGGACAUUUGGCUAAGCUUGACGUGCAAUCCAUUCAGCAGUUCCUCUACUAUUUACAGGAAGCUAUGUUAGUAAAAGUGCGAGGACUUCACUUCCUGAACGCACCAUCUUUCAUGGACCGGCUCAUGAUGAUGAUCAAGCCGUUUAUGAAAAAGGAGCUCAUCGACGUGCUGCUCAUUCACCAAAUCGGAGCCAAAACCCUGGACAAGCACGUGCCCAUGGCCGGCUUGCCGAAGGGCGCCGGUGGAGAGUUCAAAAGCUUUGAUGAACUUAGAGACGAAACAAUUGCAAGAUUAAAGGCAAACAAACAGUUCUUCGUGGAAGAGAACAAGAAGCGAGUGGUGGAGGCGAAGCGGCCCGGCAAGCCGAAGACCAUCUCCGACAUCUUCGGCGGAGUGGAGGGUUCCUUCAAGAAGCUCGAUAUCGACUGAUGUGCGGUGAACCACUAGGGUUUCUAGGACUAAUGUAUGACUAGAUUGGUGGAGUAAUUUAGACCGUGUUCAAAACAAUUUUUUUUGAACGCGGCCUGAAAAUAUACUUGUUGUUUCGAUAUUCUGUACAGGUACUUAUUACCACUUGAGCAGGUUACCAGUUCUUCUUAAUUUAAGAAUCUUUCGAGUAUGAAUGUGUAUGAGUCUUUUGAAUAUAUUUUUUGGUUUUAGUA